GUCAAAGUUUUGUUCAUAGUGUGCUCUGCACGAUCAGCCUUCAUCAUGGCUUUCAAUGCGCUGUGUAUUUGGAAAGGGUUCCUUUUAGUUUCUUCGCUCUUCCUUUCUGUCCAUGGACAAGCCUCAGGGCCGUCUUUCAUGGUGACGUUUCCUGCAGUGAUCGAGUCGGGAUCUGAAGCUAAACUGUGUGCAAGUCUUCUCAAGCCCAAUGAAAGCCUUGUCAUGAAUAUUUAUCUGGUUCAUGGUGAUCAGAGCACUUUACUGCUGCAGGAGAAAGCUGAGGAAGAGUUUCACCGCUGCUUUAACAUUCAGACACCUCUGGUAGAAGCAGAAUCAGUGCAGACAAUGAAGGUGGAACUUCAGGGGAAGAACUUCAAGAUGACUGAAGAGAGAAAAGUCAUGCUCAGACGUUACAACCAUUUGACUUUCAUCCAGACUGAUAAACCCAUCUAUAUUCCAGGACAGACAGUGAAUUUCAGAGUUGUCACCAUGGAUAGAAAUUUUGUACCCUUUGAUCAGAAGUACAGUACAGUCGUGCUGGAGGACAAUCAGAAUAACAGGAUUGGUCAGUGGAAAAAUAUUUCCUCAACAAACUGGAUAUUGCAGCUUUCUCAUGUGUUGAACCCAGAGGCCCGUCAAGGCAUUUAUAAACUGAUGGCUUAUAUUGGUGAACGGGCGAUCACACAUUAUUUUGAGGUGAAGAAGUAUGUUUUACCCAAGUUUGAAAUUACCAUGAAAGCUCCAAAAGAAAUAACUUUUGGUGAUAGUGAUAUGAAUAUGGAGGUUUGUGGAAAAUACACAUUUGGUAAACCAGUGACUGGUAAAGCAAGAGUGGAAGUUUGUCGGGAACAUUUGAGAUACAUUUCUCAAACAGACUUGAUUUCACCAUGUUUGGUUGAAACUACUGAGAUGAGUGCGGUGGGCUGUGCCUCCUUUACUUUGGACACAUUAGCCUUUUUUAACUCUACAAAUGAGAGAUUUCUAAAAGAACAUCUUACUGUAAAAGUGAAUGUAACAGAAGAAGGAACAGAAAACACCAUGGAGAAAUCUGAAACUAUAAGUCUGACAUAUGAAAUUGGUAAAGCUAUGUUUACUGAGCUACCCAAAAUGUAUGAGCAUGGGUCAAUUAUACAGGGAAAAAUCAAAAUUGCUCAUUUAAAUGGAGCACCUCUUCAAAACAAAGACGUUUAUCUUUUGGAGGGUAAAAGGUGGUCCUCAAAACUGCUCUUAAAUCUCACUACAGACAGUGAUGGACUGGCCAGCUUCUCUCUUAAUACAUCUAGUCUUUCUGAAAGUGAUAUUAAUCUAAUGGCAAGUGCAUAUCCAGAGUUUCAUCAUCAAAGCUUUAAAAAGCCUUACUUCUCUACAGAAGAAAAAACAAUUCGGCUUCUCCGACCCGCCACUCCAUACACCCCAACAUUAAGUGAACUGAUUAUAGAGAAUAUUGAGCAACCAUUGAAGUGUGAUGCUGAGUUUACAGUGACCAUCAAGUAUUAUUUUGUUGGAGAGACUGUUCAAGACUUCAAAACUGACAUUGUCUAUAUAGUCAUGUCCAGAGGAGUGAUCGUUCAUCAUGGAUAUGAGAAGGUUGAAGUGAAGUCUUCUAAUGGAGCAGCAAGUGGCACAGUGUCGUUCAAACUGUCUGUUGGUGCAGAUCUGGCUCCUGCAGUGCAGAUUCUGGCCUACUGUGUUCUGCCCAGUGAAAAUGUUGUUGCUGGUAGCAGAGAUUUCAUGACUGAGAAGUGUUUAAAAAACGAGGUUUCUCUGCAGUUUUCUCCUGCUAAAGCAGUUCCUGGUGAGAAAAACACUCUCCAGCUCUCAGCUCAGCCUGGUUCACUGUGCGGCCUCAGUGCUGUAGAUAAGAGCGUCCUGAUCCUGAAGCCAGGAAAAAAUCUGGAUACUGACAAGAUCUUUAACCUGCUGCCAGUACGGUCAGUUUCAGGUUAUCCUUAUAAUGCCAUGGAGACACCAGAGUGCCUGGAAGUUAGACCUCGUCGUGCUGUGUCACUAGACCGUGUUUAUGACAGCUUGAAGAGCAUGGGAUUGAAGAUGGCAACAAAUUUGCAUGUGAGACAACCCCUUUGUCUGACAUACUAUGGUGUAACUUAUCACAGAGGUUUUCACUUAGGGAGGAAGUUUUCUGAAAAUCGAGGAUCUGCUCAACCACCUGUGGAGACAGUUCGUACCUUGUUCCCAGAAACAUGGAUUUGGCAGCUCACUGAAGUGGGGGACUCUGGAUCAGCUCAGGUUCCUGUCACAGUUCCUGACACCAUCACCUCUUGGGACACGGAGGCCUUCUGUCUGUCCUCCAAAGGUCUGGGUCUGGCUCCUCCUGCUCAGCUGACAGUUUUCCAGCCCUUCUUCCUGGAGCUCUCUCUGCCUUACUCCAUCAUCCGUGGGGAGAUCUUUGAGCUGAAGGCCACUGUCUUCAACUAUCUGUCCAAGUGCAUCAUGGUUAAAGUGACUCCAGCUCCUUCCUCAGACUACACUCUCAAAGCCUCCUCUGAUGAUCAGUAUUCAUCCUGUCUGUGUGCUAAUGGAAGAAAAACCUUUAAAUGGAUCCUCACUCCUUCUGUUCUCGGAGUCUUGAAUAUUACAGUCAGUGCAGAGGCAGAGGCGUCCCAGACUGUGUGUGACAAUGAGAUUGUGAGCGUGCCAGAGAGAGGACGCAUUGACACAGUCACACGAAGUCUGCUUGUACAGGCUGAAGGAACUGAGAAGACAGAGACCUACAGCUGGUUACUGUGUCCAAAGGGCAACAGUCUCUCAGAAGAAGUGAAUCUGACUCUUCCUAAAGAUGUGAUAGAGGGAUCAGCCAGAUCCACUGUUUCAGUCAUUGGAGACAUAUUGGGUCGUGCACUGAGCAAUCUUCAUGGAUUAUUACGGAUGCCAUACGGCUGUGGAGAACAAAACAUGGCUGUUCUUUCUCCCAAUAUUUACAUUCUGCAGUAUCUGGAAAACACAGAGCAGCUCACCUCAGCCAUCCGAGAGAGAGCCACCGGCUUCCUUAAGAGCGGAUAUCAGAGACAACUGAACUACAGGCAUAAUAGUGGUGCAUACAGCACAUUUGGACAUGGAAAAGAGAAUACAUGGUUGACUGCCUUUGUCCUGAGGUCUUUUGGCAAAGCACAGAAAUACAUAUUUAUUGAUCCACAAAUUAUUCAGAGUGUAAAGAAAUGGUUAAUAAGCAGACGGGAUUCAGACGGCUGUUUUAUCCAACAGGGACGAUUGUUCAACAACAGAAUGAAGGGUGGAGUGAAUGAUAAUGUGACCAUGACUGCCUACAUUACUGCAUCACUGCUUGAACUGGAAACUCCAGUCACAGAUCCUGUCGUCACUAAAGGUUUGUCCUGCUUGAGGUCCGUCAUUAAGGAUGUCAAAAACACUUACACCACUGCUCUGCUCGCCUACACUUUCAGUCUGGCUAAAGACAUGGACACUCGACAGCAGCUUUUCAAGAAACUGGAGGAAACUGCUAUUUCAGAUGGGUCUCAUCUCCACUGGUCUCAGUCUGGAUCUGCUGACUCUGAUUCUCUGGCAGUGGAGAUCAGCUCAUAUGUGCUGCUAGCUGUUCUCACUGCAGAUUCGCUCACUACAGCUGAUCUGGGCUUUGCUAACAGGAUUGUCAGCUGGCUUGUGAAGCAGCAGAAUGGCUACGGAGGAUUCUCCUCCACACAGGAUACAGUGGUGGCUCUUCAGGCUUUGUCUUUGUAUGCCACCAAAGUGUUCAGCUCUGAUGGCUCCAGCACAGUGACUGUACAGUCAGCAGCAGACACUCACCACUUUGAUGUCAAUCAGGACAACAAAUUACUGUACCAGGAGAAGCAGCUGCAGAACGUUCCAGCCAAAUACAGCGUUGAAGUGAAGGGCUCAGCCUGUGUGUCUGUGCAGGUGGCUCAGUUCUACAACAUCCCCACUCCUACUGAAGUUAAAACAUUGAGCAUUGAUGCUAAGAUUGAGGGAGAUUGCAAAACAUUGGGACAAAAUUUCAUCUUGAGCUUCACUGUCAAAUAUGAUGGUCGACAGGAAAGGACUAACAUGGUCAUUGUGGAUAUUAAACUCUUAUCUGGAUUCACAGCGGAUACAUCAAUGCUUGGAACUUCUGGAACGUACGCAUCACUUGUGGAGCGGGUCGAUGCUAAAGAUGAUCAUGUCAUUUUGUAUUUGAAGGAGAUCCCCAAAAAUAUUCAGAAGAAUUAUCAGAUACAAAUGAAACAGGAUCUUCCAGUGAAGAAUCUCAAGCCCGCCGUGGUCAAGGUGUAUGAUUACUACCAAACAAGUGAUCAGUCAGAGAGCGAAUACGCCUUCCACUGUUAAUGAAGAUGCAGAACUGAAGCAUGUCACUUCAUAGUUCAUUGAAUAUAGAUGUUUGACUGCUCAAAUGUUUAAUAUUAUAAUGUAUAAUUAUUAUCAUUGGCAAAUUUAUUUACAAUCCAUCAACCCAAAUUUGUACAAAACCCUAUUGUAAAUCUGAGUUUUUGGUCUCUUGAAAACCAGAUCACAAACCCAAUGAUUAAUAAAAAUGUUGAAAACAAUUAUGGUAAACUGGCUGAAAUUUAUUAAAUUGUAAGUGGUUUUUACCAUUUUCUAUGGGUCAUGCAAAUGUCUAUUUAUAAA